GAGGCCCCGCCUACUAGCUCGGAAGGAGGCGUGGGCAUGGAGGCGGCUGGGGACGCCGAGCCGGGGGCUGGCGCCGCUGCCUAGGGCGCCCUGUGGGUUCCGUGGGGGGCACGGCCCGGUGCUGCGCGGAUGGCCCUGCUCCCGCGGCACGCGCUCGCCUUCGUCCUCCUCCUCUUCGUGCCUGCCGCUUUCAGGUGCCAGGAGCAGGCCCAGACUACCGACUGGCGGGCCACGCUGAAGACCAUCCGGAACGGCGUUCACAAGAUAGACACGUACCUGAACGCCGCCUUGGACCUCCUGGGAGGCGAGGAUGGGCUCUGCCAGUACAAGUGCAAUGACGGAUCUAAGCCUUUCCCACGUUACGGUUAUAAACCCUCCCCGCCGAAUGGAUGUGGCUCUCCACUGUUUGGUGUUCACCUUAAUAUUGGCAUCCCUUCCCUGACAAAGUGCUGUAACCAACACGACAGGUGCUAUGAGACCUGCGGCAAGAACAAGAAUGACUGCGAUGAGGAAUUCCAGUAUUGCCUCUCUAAGAUCUGCCGGGAUGUGCAGAAGACACUAGGACUGGCUCAGCACGUUCAGGCCUGUGAAACCACAGUGGAGCUCUUGUUUGACAGUGUUAUACAUUUAGGCUGUAAACCGUAUCUGGACAGCCAACGAGCCGCAUGUAGGUGUCGCUACGAAGAGAAAAGUGAUCUUUAAAGAAGAUGCUGACAGUUGGUGACAGCAGAUAAGGACAGAAGAAUAUAGCCCUUGACAAAGAUCUACUGUUUUUAUACCAUAAAGCUGCCUUAUUUUUGUGAAAGAAUUAUUUUAAGACUUUAUUUUGACAUUAAAAGUACAAACUAAAGAAAGAUGUGGGGAGGUGAUCUUCCUGGAUGUUGCUGCCUUAUUGUACCGUAUUGUCUUGACCAGAAAGAGGUGCAUGUUAAGGGGAGAAUAUUUUAAAAGGAGUCUGUAUCUCAGUAUUCACAACUGUAUUUACCAAAACAAUGAGGUCAAAUGUAAAAUUGAUUACAAGGUAUGUUGAACAUAAUCUUAUUUGGAAAUAUGGGAAAAUCUUCACUUAGAAGUAUAUGUUUACUAUAAAAUUUUAAAUAUACAUUUAUUCCUGGAAAGAUCUGACUUUAUUUUUUCUCUAUUUUAAUUAACACAUAAUAUGCUGUUUUCCUGUAGCCCAUCAAGCAUAUGAAUAAGUCUCACUUCUCUUAAUGAUAAGACGAGUUGCAAGGAUAAGUUUUCCAUGUCUUUUUUUCUUACAAAAUUGGAGCCAUCAACUGGUGGCCUCUUAGGGGGCAAAACCAGGGUAUCUAGGUAUUAUGUAAUGUGUCUAGAAGGUGACAUGAACAAAAUUCAGAAGCACAGCCACUCCCAUUUUAUGAACCGUUCAUAUGACAGACAUCAUAUUUUGCUAUAACCUUGGCGUAAAUUGAAGGAAAGGUGGAUUUAAUGAGACAAUUGAAAAGUUACUUCACAUACAGAUUAGAGCAUUAUAUGCUGCUAUGCUUUGGUGUUUUUUCCCUAGUACUUGGUCCUCUUAAUAGAUUUAGGUUUAUUUUGAAAAGUCUGUAACCUUUUCCUAAUAAUGGUCUUAAUAAAUACUGUUCUUGAUACUUUUUUUUUUUAAGUCUUUAACUGUGGAAUCAAAAGGGAGGUAAAGCAAGAUACAAAGAAUUAUCUUUUGUACCUUUUUUAUUUACAUUGAAAAUUAUUAGCAGAUGUUUAAAAGCAAAUUCCAGAACCUCAGCUGCCUCUGGAAAUGUCUGUUCAUGUUGAAAGUUUCUCCUUUCCAAAGUUUCCUUUGGAAAGUGCAGCUGUAUUCCUCUACUCUUUGCCUACCAUUAAUUGUUGGCUUUCCCUAGCCUAGGAUCCCAAGCCAUGGAUAGCUUUUGGGUAACCUAUAGCCAAAGUUACAAAGAUAAAAUGUUUAGAAAAUCAGAAAGGACAGCUGCAGGAGAGGUGGUUCUCUUUAAGUCAUUACAGGCAAAGGGGCAGAGAAAAAAAUAUAUUCUGGGGAAAGGGCCACAUUCCUAACUUUGAAUAGGUAUCGUUGCUAAAAAUCUAGUAACUUCCCAAACUAAGAUGACAGAGCUUUUCUGCUAAGAGAUGUAUCGUCUAUGGGACAAAGCAAGUGUAUCCUGGUGACUAAUUGAGCAAACUCAAUUAGUUUGAGUUUGGAACCUUAAUUGAUACUUUCAGACUUUUAAAAAGGUAACAGUUUUAUAGGCCAUUAUCCAUAUUUAAUCUUUCCCGGUAUUUACUGUUGAAAUACUUGACCAGGUAACUUUAAACUUAGAAUAAAUUUGUGGAUUUUCUUGGCAGCAUUGGCUUCUCAAGAGGACAGACUCAGAAUUCUAUAAAAUAUUUAAUUUAUAGUUACAAAUUAUAUACAAAGAUCAGUGGAAGCUGUUUUUAUGUGUUAAGAUUUUUAUCUUGGAAUAAUUUUAGAUUUACAUAAAAGUUGCAAAGAUAUAGACUUGCUAUAUACUCCUUAGCCCUAAUGUUAACAUUUUACAUAACCAUGAAACAUUUGUUAAGAAAUCAACAUUGGUAAUUGCUAUUAACUAAACUCUAAACUUCAUCUGGAUUUUAUUAUUUUUCCACUAAUGUCAUUUUUCUUUUCCAGGAUCCAGUCUGGAUACCACAAUGCAUUUAGUCCUCAUGUCUGAUAAGCCUCUGGUCUGCGAUGGUUCCACAGGCUUGUUUUUCAAUAUCUUAACAGUUUUGAGGAGUACUGAUCAGGUAUAUUGUAGAAUGCCCCUCAAUUGGGGCUUGAAUGAUGUUUCCCUCAUAAUUGUACUGGGGUUAUAGAUAUUUAAGGAAAAAAAACAUAAAGUGUUCUUCUCAUCAAAUCA